AUGAGAGCAAUUGAAAUUCUCGGACGACGCUGCUACCGCCCAGGCCAAUCCAUCCGCAGCAUCUCAUCAUCAUCGAAUCUCAAGCUCAAGCUCACCACCAGCCCUCACGCCCACAGCAGAUUCGCUCACCCCGCUGCUCUCACUUCCAAAGUCAUAACCACGCGAUCCUUGACAACUUCACAACCAUCUCCCAACAUGACUACAGAAGAACUACCCAAAGUGAAGCUCUACUGGCUCAACGACUCCCGCUCCCAAAACACCGUCUGGCUUCUCGAAGAACUCAAGAUCCCCUACACCGUAGAACUCUUCCGCCGCGCGCCCAACCGCCUCGCGCCCCCCGAGCUCGAACGCGUCCACCCCCUCGGCAAGGCGCCCGUGCUGGAAAUCACGCCCACGCCGAGCGACGACCCGGGCGCGGAGCCGGAGCAGCCCAUCCUGCUCGCCGAGAGCGGAUACAUUACGCAGUACCUCGUCGAGCACUUUGCGCACAGAAAACCGAGCCUCGUGCCGCCGCGGUGGAAGCCCGGACGGGAGGGCAAAGUCGGGGGUGAGACGCAGGCGUAUGCACGAUUCUGGUAUCUGUUGCACUACAUCGAGGGCAGCUUCUUGCCCAUCAUUGUGCAGUUUCUUCUCAUCAACGUCUUGAAAUCAUCCAACAUCCCCUUUUUCAUCCGCCCCAUCACUUCUGCCGUCGCCUCCAAAAUCUUUUCACUCGCCAUCUUCCCAAACGCCCAGAGGCACCUCGCCAUGCUCGAGAACUACCUCAAGACCGCGCCCGGGGUGUCAGCGUCUAGCGGUGGUGGUGGCGGCGGCGGCGGCGGGUUCCUCUGUGGGCCGGAACUCACGGCCGCGGACAUACUCAUCAGCUUCGCGUUCAUCGCGGCCGAUGCCGAGAAUGUGUGGGACUCGGUGGGCAGCUGGCCCGGCGGUUCGGCGAGGGCGGCGCAUCCUGUGCUCUUUGAGUACGUCGAACGGCUCAAGAGGGAACCCGGGUAUUUGAGGGUUUUGGAGAAGAUUAAGGAGAUUGAGGGGUGA